GUCAGAGGUCAUUAGCAGCAUGGCCAUAUGGAUCCAGUGAUAUGGAUCUACUUAAAUCUGUGAAGAGAGUUCUCUCCAUUCAAGAGCUGACACAGGCAGAGUACAACAAGCUGAGGAGAUGUUGUAAGCAGUCGCCCAUUAUUCAAGUCACAUGGAAAAUGGAAGUCGAUUGUGUCAGUGACAUGAACAUUCCAAUCCAAUUUGUUAAUCCAGCUGAAGUGGAACUUAAUAAUACUCUCCUUCGCGAGCAAUGCAACAAUUUGCAGCCACUACUGCUUGUAUACUUCGAUGAUGGGGAUCUAAAGUAAGUGAUAAUGGGCCGAGAAAAGUUGAUAAAAGAAGAGGAAAAAAUUGAUAACCGUGAUAGAAAUUACGCUGAAAGUUUGUUGUCGAAUCGUCGUAAAAAGAGACAAUAUCCUGACAUAGGAUGUCGGGUGGUGGAUUACAUUGUUGACUUUAUUUAUAUGCACAACGUAAUAAAACCCUCUACGCAGAAUAUUCGGAGAUGCACUGGUAGUUGUAAUCAAUACUACAUUGUGAAUGCGCGUGCAACGAAUCACUCCUACAUGCUUGCAGCUGCAAAAUUUUGCAAUGAUCACACGUACUUUCAAAGGAGUGACUCCAUUAUGUAUAACGAGCAACAUAGUUGGCCGUGUUGUGCUGCAAUUGGGUAUCGAUCAAUCUAUAUCGUGUAUAAUGAUGGCCGAAAAUUGAUUUUGUAUCGUGAUGGAGUUGUUACUAAGUGUGGUUGUAGGCGAUUUCCCACUCGAUGGACUCAUUUAGAGAGUGUACAGUGCAUCCAUAGAGAGUAGAUUACCAUAAGUGUGAGUGGCUGUACUAAAAUGUUGAUAUCUUUUGAUUGGAACCUUUCUAAGAAAUGGUGCUGAUACCAUUGUGUAAGUGAAUGAAUAAGCUACAACAUAUCCCAAAAAUUUCCAUGAAAACAUGAGGUGGUGGGUUUGGGGGGAUUAAUAAGAACAGAAGCUAUGUAACUCAUCUUUGUCUCUAAUUAAUGCCCAUUUAUUGAGAGGUCAGAGGUCAUUAGCAGCAUGGAUCUACUGAAAUCUGUGAAGAGAGUUCUCUCCAUUCAAGAGCUGAGACAGGCAGAGUACAACAAGCUGAGGAGUGUCCAUGGCAACUAUACCUCUCACACUGUCUCUCUGUCAGACUAUCAGAAAGCAAUGGCCGAGAUAACGACAGCAUUUCAGUCACUGUCUCGAGAGACGAUCCAACUAAGUGCAGUGAUUCGAGACCAUUCUCUACCACAAGCGGCCCAAGUGUUGGACCGUAUUCAAGCUGUGGAGAAAGUCAAACUAACACUGACAGCCGAGUGGCAAGUCCUGGUUGCAGUCGAGAUAGGGGACGAGGAGUUUGAUCAAGCUGAACAUACUCACAAACAGAAGAUAUUACGUCAAAAGCUAGCCAGAGUGGAGGGGGAGAUUGCUGAGCUGGUGCAGGACUUCAGAUACGAAUGUGAACAUAUUCUAGUUUCAGCUAUGGACCAUAUCAGCUAAUAGCUGCUCAACUUGUGCAGUUUAUGUUUAAUGUUAUGCAAACUUGAGUUUUUUGCAAAUGAGCUGCAAAGCUGCUACUUUG